AAAAAGAAAAUAAAAAAGUUUAUGAUUAUAUUAUCUUCUUCUUGUGCCUUAUUUCUUCUUCUCUCUCCCUCCUUACAUGUAUUUAUAAAAACCUUGUGUUACAUCUUCAUAAUUGGUUUGUCUACUUGACAAAUUAAUUCAUUUCUUCUCCUACUCAUGACUCAUGACUCAUGACUCAUCACACAUUACAUAACAUGUAUGCACACAUUGCAUAUAUGCAUUUAUAUAUAAUGUAACACAAUAUUGUUUUUGUUGAGGCAAUUCCAUUAUAGAUACCUAGUUUGUGUUUGGUUAUAGACUUUAUAAUCUCUAAUUAUCUUUUCUUCUAUAUAUUCAUCUUGAAAUGGCACAAUUGCCACCCAAGAUUCCAAUUCCAAACAUGACACAAACUUGGCCAGAAUUUUCUUCACACCAAAAAAUGCCUACCCUUAAAACCAUGUCACCAAAUGUUAAUUCAGCACACCAAAACCCUUCAUGGGUGGACGAAUUUCUCGACUUCUCGUCGGCGAGAAGAGGGGCCCACAGGCGGUCGGCGAGCGACUCAGUGACGUUUGUAGAGGCGUCAAUGAUGGAGCAUUGUCGCCGCAGUGAGUUUGAAAGGUUUGAUGAUGAACAAUUGAUGUCGAUGUUUAAUGACGAUGUUUCGGAGAAUCCUAUGAUGUCACAACCACCUGUAGCAGCAGCCACAUUGUGUUCUAAUUCUAACCCUUCAACUCCUUCUGAUAAUAACAGCAUCAAUGAUGAGAAAGAGGUGGAUGAAAAGCAGCAACAUCUAGAAUUGAAGCAUGAAUCAGAUGAGGAUGAAAUUAGUGAAUGCAAACAGGAAAUUGCUCAAGUUGUCAAUGAUGAUGACAAUAAUAAUAAUAAUUCAAAUACAAGUUCAAGUCAGAAAAUUACUGACCCCAAAAGGGUCAAAAGAAUAUUGGCAAAUAGACAAUCGGCUCAAAGAUCAAGAGUUAGGAAGCUGCAAUACAUAUCAGAGCUAGAGCGAAGUGUUACUUCAUUACAGGCAGAAGUUUCUGUACUAUCUCCAAGGGUUGCAUUUUUGGAUCAUCAGAGGUUGCUUCUAAAUGUUGAUAACAGUGCUCUCAAGCAAAGAAUCGCUGCCCUCGCCCAAGACAAAAUCUUCAAAGAUGCUCAUCAAGAGGCAUUGAAAAGGGAGAUAGAGAGGCUAAGGCAAGUGUAUCACCAACAAAACAUCAAGAAGAUGGAAAAUAAUGCUACAGGGUCACCAUCACCAAAACCACGAUGUGAUAAUGAUACUCACAUUGAAAAAGAACAUCUUAUCAAUGUUUGAAUUUAACCCUCCCACAAGCAAGAUACAUGAAUUAUGAUCUUAAUUGUUCUUUGAUUCUUUUUUAUUCUAUUGAAGAAAGAAAAAAGGGAAAAAGAAGUUGUAAUGUAAUGAAUGGUAUGGCAUAGUGAGAUGGUAAGAAAUUAAAUUUUAUUAGCCAAUUGAUGAAUAUUAAAAGUGGAAAGCUUUUGCUAUCAAACUGAGGGAGUCACGUGAUGUGUUUCACUUUAUUACAAGGGGACCACUCAAAGUUGCAUGAUUGGAAUUCAGGGAAACACAUGUGCAGCACCAUUCAAAGAAACAAACAGAACUUGUGGUGGUGUUGCUGUCUACUGCUUUAACUAGAUGGGAGUGGAAGAUAUAUAAAUAUGAAUUAUUAUGUAAUGUGAUGUUGGAGAUUCUUUCAUUUCUUUUUCUUUUUCUUUUUCUUUUUCUUUUUCUUUUUUUGUUAUUGUUUGUUGUUUUUUAUUCUUUUCAAUUUUUUUGUGGUGUUUUUCAAUUUUACUUGGAAAACAAUGACCAGUGAGUUGAAAGGAAGGAAGGUGUAUGUCACUCAAGUCUUCCCUCCUCUGGGUUUUGUUGUACUUUAUUGUAUUAUUGCUGAUUUCCUGGAAAGAAGAAGAAAAAAAACAAAGUGUAAAUAUUUUAAUCAGUUCUCCUUGUAUAUGGUGAAAGUGUUCAAUGUUGCACAUUUUGUGUUAUA